UUUGUUUAAAUUCGACUGUUAAAUUCCAAACGGCUGUCUCACAGACGCUGGCGAGGGCUUUUCAAAAGAAUUUCUGCUUUGCUCGGUUCAGUGGAAAACUUUAGCGAGAAACGGUGCAAUUUCAGACAAGAAUAAGUGAGUUGCAGGUCACAUGAAUUGCUGAACUGAGUAGAAGUCUUAUCAACCGAGGACAGCUUUCAGCAUGGCCCCUUCCCACCAGAGUGUAACUAAUCUGUCCCUGCCCUGUAAUUUUAGUUAGUUUCUCCUCUUUUACAGAAUGAAUUCUGUCGACAUAAAUGAUGAGAAUUGUGGGGUCAUACCAGCAGGAAAGCACAACGAUUCUAGUCUAGAUGUAUUUGCCCUGGAACAGCCAACCGGGAGGCAAUCUAUCCUGCGUCAGACGGAGAACCUUCCCAACAGGACUGUGCCAAAAGGGGCAAAGGUUUGUUUUCAGACACCAAGAAGAGACCCGUUGACUAAAAGAAUCCUGUCUCCCAGGAAAUCUGUCAACAUGUUAAGUGUGGAUGAGAAUAAUAAAGCAACAGUGUCCUUGGAUUUGGAUAAGCCAGAUACUUUAACACAGGAGCAGAUUGAGCCACCCAGUCAAGAGAUCUCAUCCUAUCCCGACGACAACAUGCCGAUACAAAGCAAAGGCGGCUACCAGUUGGAUUUUGACAAUCUUGAUGCCAUCAAUCCAUUUCAGAGUUCUAACAAGAUGGCCGUGACCCCUGGGAGGCCCGCUGUUGAGACUCUUACAGAUGACCCCAAGCCUCAGCAGCACACGUCACCAGAGAAUAUUCAAAAUAAGCCAACUGACAUGACACCCGCUCUAGACGACACGCUUCCAUUCACGCCAUCUGUGGAAAAUUCUUAUGCAGAUGUUUCCACCAACAUGAGCUCCACAGACAGCAGUGUGGUCACGGUGACCGUGAAGGUCCCAGUAGAGGAAGGUCCAUGCACAGACACGCCUGAUGAAAAACAGCCUGCUAGUUUGUCCGAUCAAGAGAAGGCAUCUGGCAGUUUUGUGGAAGAUUCUCCGCUUCCAGUAAAAGGAGCUUACAACAUGGAUUUUGACAACCUUGAUGAAAUUAAUCCAUUCCAGACUGGAGGCUCUAAAAUUCCAAAUUCACCUGAUUUAGAGAGAAAAGUACCAAACAGUAAUCCACCUACAGAAGAAAAGAUAUCUAUGGGCGUGUUUGAAGUUCCUAUGGUAGCCCAAGAGUCACCUGCCCAGGAUGUGAAGUCCAUUUCUACGGUGAACCCAACACCCGCUGAUGCAGCCAAGCCUCCAGCAGCUGAGUCCGAGCCUGCGGACCCUCCAGUCAAUGAGCACUCCGUCAAACUUGAGUUCUCUUUCGGAGACUGCAGCGAAGUCAAACGAAAGCCACCACCCAAAAGGUUCGGCAAAAGACCUUCUGUUGUAAAACCUAAAGACGAAAAGUCGACUUCUGAUGUUAAAGCAUCAGCAGAAGCUCCCAUGAAGCCUGUGAGUGAUGUCACUGAUGAUCCAGUUCCUAAAGGUUCCUACUCUCUGGACUUGGAUGACCCGUACUUCAAUCCUUUUGGCGCUAAAGCAAGAAUCACGAAUUCUCCAAAGGGCAGUGGCCAACCCGCAGUUGUGCUCAAGGAAGCAGACCUUCCCGAGCAAACUGACAAAAAGGAAGAUGGGUCUUCCCAGAGCUCUGGUGAGAGCUUACCAACAGCUGAGCCCAACCAUGAAGAUAUCGCUGAUCACAAGGUUACCUCCGCUCAUGACCAGGAAAUUCCACUUGAGAGUGACGACCCCGUGCAGAACGCUCCUGAACCGCCUCAGCCCGAUCAGCAGCUACAGAUGGACACCGAGUUCAGUGAGGAGUUUGUUCCUGGAACUAUGUUCGUGGCCGGUGGCUUUGACGGGCAGAUCGACUACCUUGAGCAGUUUGGGUCCAGCAGUUUUAAGGAGUCUGCCCUUCGAAAGCAAUCUUUGUACCUAAAAUUUGAUCCCCUCCUGAGGGAGAGCCCCAAAAAGUCUGCAGGCCCGUCCGCUCAGACGCACGUCGCUGUUCCCGCGGCCUUGGCCUCACAGCUUCAGAUUCCUCAGGUUACAGAGAAAGAAACAACUAAAGCUCCAAUAAAGGACAGCCUCAAGCUGUUUGAGGACGCAACAGCUCCAGCUCCGAUCUUUGGAAGCAUCAUCCCUCCUUUCCCUCAGCCUGGGAACUCCGAAGACGUUAUUAUUGAAAUGCUAAAAUACAGUCAGAAGGACAUGGAUGCCGCUAUCGCCAAAGUGCAGGCAGAGGGAAGAGAGAAAGAGGAACAGUGGAGUUGUAAAUGUAAAAAGCUGCAGGAUGACGGUCAGGAAAUGAGGAAAAUACUAGCUGAAUAUGAGCUUGUGAUUGCAAAAAUGAUGGCCGAUCAAGAGAAGGAGAAAGAGCUGGCCGAGGCAAAGCUGAAGGAGACGUUGCUGGAGAAGGAGCAGGUGUCAAACGAUCUGAACUCCAUGGAGAAAUACUGUGCUGAGCUUUUUAAAAGACUGGAGAAAUACAAGGAUGUUGUGGAGGGGUACAAAAAGAAUGAAGAGACUCUAAAAGCCUGUGCCCAGGACUACUUGGCAAGAAUCAACAAGGAAGAGCAGCGAUACCAGGCCCUGAAAGCUCACGCUGAGGAGAAAAUUACCAAGGCGAACACAGAAAUAGCAGAGGUACGGUUUAAUUACAAAGCUGAGCUGUCGGUGCUUCAAGCUAAGCUGCGCCGGGAACAACUGAAGCUUCAGUCUGUGGAGAGGAGCCUGGAGCAGAAGGAAAAAGAGGCUGAAGAGCUCACCAAACUGUGUGAUGAGCUGAUAUCGAAAGUCCAGAGGGGCUGAUUUUAUUGCUUGUGUCCAGAUCAUCUUUUUGUGUAAUGUUUGUCAUUGUUUCUUUAACACUGUAAAAAAAAUAAAGAUAGUUUUAAAAGUU